AUGGCUCAACAAGAUCCAGUGGUCCUAGCUCUUCUGGGUGCUAGGGACCAGAUAAGUUCUUCCCUUGGUGAUGGCCAAGCGCUCUUUGCGCAAGCCUCGAAUCUUGCUCAAGUUGCCACUUCUUUGGUUCAAGAGCUUCGUAAUUCACAUGACGUUCUUGCCGCGGCUGGCAUCUCUGAAUCGGAGGCCAAUCUUCGUGCUAAUUUACUCAGUGAUGCUAUCAGUGACGUUCUCGAAUCACUGAAGGCCCUUGAUUCAGGCAACAUGCAAUCACUUCCGCAUCAACAGGAAACUGUGGCUGCAGCCAAUAGGUUGAUUGAUCAGGCGAAUAAGCUGGCCUCGCCGAUUAUCCGAUUCCGUCUUACCACUGGACUGGAGUUCGCCACGCGACUGACUGCUUCGAAUGCCAGUCAAUUAGCAGCUAUGUCAGAAGAAGCUGCGCGACACAGUCGGACGAGUCAGUAUAGGUUGCUCCAAGAAUUGGAUCAACUAUCCGCUGAAGUCAUCCCCCAGGCUAAUUUGUCCUGUGACAAUGCUCGCGCUCAUCCCAAUGAUCCAGCUGCCCAAAAUGGACUUCUUGAGGCCUCGAAGAAUCUCAUGGAUUGUCUGAAAGAUUUCAUCUCAUCAGUCGACUCAUUUGCUCCUACUGUUACUGAUGCUGGAAUUCAAGUUGCUCUAACAAAUGCUGCAAGAAACACUGAUGCCUGUUUGGUUGAUCUCCACCAGUGCUGUGCAUCAGCCGCUCCAGUUCUUCAGUCAUCUCCGCCAACCCUCAGUGAGCUUGAGGCAUCUUUAAGCUCUGCCAACUUAGCUCGCAGAGAAUCCAAAUCCAUUGCAGUCACCAAACGUCAAGCUUGGCCAUCUAUCUCCGCUCGUUUGACGAAUAUGAAAUCUGAGUUGGAGGCGAAUUCUGAUCAUAGACUGCCUGGUCAAACCAUGGAUUCAGUUUGUGGCGAUCUUCUGAGUGCAGUUAACAAAUUCAAGGAUGCUUGUGAGGAAGAAGGGGGUUCAAGUCUACCCCAUGCUCUGGCUCUUGAAGCAGAAUCUAUUGCAAAUGGAGCUAAAAUUGCUGGUGUGGGUCCAGAUAGACUCCCACCGGUGACUGCAAAACUCCUCAACUCCCUUGAAUCUGUAAUUAGUGGAACUCGUGGAUUAGCAGGAUUCUUGAGUUCUAUUAAAAAUGCUGAUGACCUAGAACAAGAUUGGGAAACUGUGCUGACGAAUUCUUGGACACUUCUCCCUGAGACUUAUAAGGGACAAACAGGUCAAGUGUUGGCCCACUCUUCCAGUCAUGAUCUAUCAGCUCAACUAGCCGCUGAGAAUCUUCGAAGUGCUCUCCUGGAAAAAGGGUUGCAGUGUAUUGAAAAAGCUUAUUCAAGUCUUAUUUGGGCUAUACACGAUGAUAAGCCCCUAGAAACGACCAAGAAAGUUGUUGAAGCCAAUGGUAUGGAAUUGCAAUCAGCUGUUGCCGAACUUCGACAUUAUGUUCCUGGAUCUCAGGUGGCUUCAAAGUUGGGUUCCAUUUUGGCCAGCCUCCCAGAAACUGCUUCGAAUAACAAUGGACUUGCACAACAGUCUCAUGUUCAACAACAUCAUCCCUCCUCUACUCCAAGAAUAUCCACUUCCGGCGAUCCCAAUGGCCUUUUGAAGGCUCUAAAUGAAUUAGCUGCGGCAAGCGAGGAUGCAAGUCGUAUAGCUAGCGAGCAGACUUCCAGACGCCGAAUCAAUGAUGUCUCCACACCCUCAUCUACCUGCUCACUCGCCAAAGCCGCCGACCGACUUGCCAAUGCACUCUAUGAUGUUUUGGAUGCCUUCAAUAGUGGAAGUAGAGCCGGUAGUCCACAUGAGGAGGUACUUUCAGAUUUGCGACGUCUAGCUACGCCAUUGGCUGCUGAGCUGGAGAGAGCUCUCGCUUCUGAAGGAGUCGUUCAGACACCUGUCAAUGUCAUGUUUGUAUCAAAGGCCUCCAUGUCACUUCGUGAUUGGGUAAUAAAUGUAACAAAGGCUACUCAAGCUCAGUUAGCUAAGGAUGAUAUUGAACAAGGCGAUUCGUCUAAAUCGCCGGAGAAAACACUUGAGAGCAUCCGAACUCAACUCGACUCAGCCAAGAAUCGACUUGCGCCGUUCACUUGCCCAACCAAUACAGCACCUCCUCUUAUCAAUUAUCCAGUUGCCAAACUAACUUAUCCCGAGUGCUUGGAAGAGUAUGAGGAUCUUUCCCAAACACUGGCCGACAGAAUGGAUGGUCUAGAGCAAUCUGCCCAAUCUCGUAACCCAAAUGCCUUCUGCGAUGCAGUACAGGGUGUCGCAGAUGCCGUUAUGGGUAUGAUACAAGCGGCUACCCAAUCAGCAUAUCUUGUUGGGGCUGGCCAGCCUUGUAAUGAACCAGGUAGGGCUUCGAGAUUAACUGAAUCUGAGAUGGAACAGAUUGCAAAAGAUACAAGCUGCCUUUACCGUAAUCUUGAUGAAGUAAUACAGAAGGCACCAAUGUAUCAAGGCAAUCCGGAAAGAACAAAUCAGUUGGCUCCAAGUGUUAACGAUAUCACUCGGUCUUCUAGUAACAUGUGCCAAUUGACCCGACAGUGCAUUGCGGAGAGCAUCGAUCCAACAGAAAAGAAAACUCUUGCUGAGAAUGCUAAGGAUGUGGCCCAGACAACAACUCAACUGGUAAAAAGCCUCAAUUCUGACGAUCCCAAUGCAUCAUCUAACGGAAGUCAAGUAGUGCAAAUUGCAACAAACCUCAAGUGUUCGGUUUCGAGACUGGCUAACUCUCUUCUGGAAGAUGGUGGGGAAGUUCCUGUUCGAGUUCUACCUGAAGCUUCUAAUCAACAAGCGCCAAUUCUCAUUCACAGCCUUAAUGUUGUUGAAAAAGCUGACUCCUUGACUAAAACAGCAGGCAAGCUUUUCGAAGCCAAGACAACAACAGAUGUGUACAAGGAACAUCGAAAAGCCCUUGAGAACGCCACUGAUGAUCUUCAUUCUUGUAUUAGCUCUUCACGACCAGGUUGGAAAGCGCUAGAAAAUCUGAAAUCUACUGCAAAAGAGCUUUUGAGGAAGCUAGAUCAAGCUGGCAUGCAACAUUAUAAAGAUGAAGAGACAUCGAACUUAGAAGCAAAGACACCACUACUGAAUUCUAGUUUGCAUCAAGUGACAGCUUUGAGCGGUAAAAUGGCUGGAGAUUGGCGGCAUUCACGAUGGGAACUUGUUAGUCAGGAUGCGCAUCUUAUUUCUUCUUACCUGCCCAAUGUUGCAAAUAUCUGCCUCUCAGCUUGUGGUAUGCUGAAAAGGAGUUCAGAUCAAGCUGCUCUACAAAGCUACCUUCGCACUGUUCUUGAAACUACUGAUGCUUUAUCCACUCGCCUAAUCACCCAAAUGAACAGUCGGUUUGGAGGACCCCCUGACCCUGAUCCAUCUCCAAUGUCUGCUAGUUCGGACCAACUUCGAUUAUCUUGUCGUGAAUUGCUUAUCUGUGUUGAGGAGUUGACAACUCGCCAGGAUAACCUCAAUUCUCAAAUUGCUAGCAUUCGUAAUGCUUGCAAGAAGUUGGAUGGUGGAUCUAGCCCACACUAUGGUACAGAUCAAGGCAGCCUGGUUGCGCUACAAACACGAUUGGCUAGUCAGGCUCAAGCCUUAGUUCAAUCUGGUGGACGACUUUCAGAAGCUGCAAAGUCUGCUGGUUCAGGAUCGGAAGAUGCUGCCGCUAUUCAACUAGUCCAACAAUUUUCCAAGGUCGCUGAAACUAAUCAACAGCUCUGCUCUAUACUGAACAGCUUGUCAAUCCCCGGAAAUGCUUCUGUACAACUAGCAGAUCGUCUUCGAAUGGUUGUUCAGGGAAUUGGAACUAGCUGUAUCGAAGUCCUUGAAAAUCCACGACACCCAGAUCCACUUAAGUCUCUCAACAACCGAGUAUCGAGCCUAGUUGCUGUUCUUCGCGAAUCUGCUCACGGUGCGCAUGCAUGUAUUAACGCAGCUGAAGGCAUAAAUCGCGUGGUUGCUGACUUCGAUUCAGCCAUUUACUUUGCUCGUGCGAAUUCACUUGUUGAUAGAUCAAAAAGCGGUGAACAGACUACCCCUGCUAGUCCAACAACUGUUUCGAACGACAUCCAAGCCUCUCAAGAGGAGAUAAUGCAUACUUUGAAGGGAAUUGUCGAAGAGACGAAUGCCUUGUCGCGAAACACCUCGGGAGAUCAGGAUAAGCUAGCAGUGUCCGCGCAGAAUUGUCUUCUUUAUGCAAAUACUCUUCAUAAAAAGACAUUGACUCUUCUUUCACGCUCUGAUCUUGAUUCCUCCUCUAAAGCUUCUGAAGAGGCUAGAACAGAAGCCACCGUCAACCUUCUGUCUAUGGCUCGUGCGGUUUCGGCAAGUUUGAUCGAUCUUCUUAAUCAUAGCCGUGGUCUUGUCACUACCGAUAGAGCUAAUCAACCUGCGCUAGAAGCUCAACUACACUCAACUGCUGCUGAUGUUGUUUCCAGGGUUGGUGAGCUCCGUUCAUCUUUGCGUAGCUUCUCCGAUUUAUUUGUUUCACCACGUGCGGCUCCGUCCAAUGUGCCAAAAUUGUCGCCUGUCAGUAAGUCAUCACAUCCCGUAUCGACAGCCGGUUCAGCUAAGGCGGAGGAUAGUGCAACUGCUUCUGUUCGGGCAAGUCUACAAUCGGUAUUAUCCACAAUUAAGCAGUUGGCAACGCGGCUAGAUGGAUGGUCUCCAGAUACAGGAACGUUCAGUGAUGGAGAUACCAUCGAUUCGGAACGUGAGAUCGCAUCAGGUGAAGUAACUACUCCUCGUCAGAUCCAUGAGGCAGCUCUCGGUAUUACCCAAGCAGCUCUUAAGGCCAACAGUGCUACAGCAUCGGGCCGCAAGUUAGCGGAUAUCAGUUUAGCUGGUGAGGUGAUCCACAAAGCUGCUAACGAUCUUGUCAGGCGUCUACGCUGUGGUACUCGGGCAGUCAUGACAUCAAUUCGCAAGUCAUCGAUUGGCGAUCUAGGUCAAAUCGACUCAGAAAGAGCCACCUGCACUAAAGCUUGCACUCGGGCUAUUGAGGGAGGCAGAGCUACCCUUCAAGAACUCGUUGUGAUGUUGGAUAACAUGAUUAAGUCAUUGGAUGACCCUGGCUCUGGUCAACCACCAGCAAUGCAAGUUACCUUGGCAAUGAGAAGACUUCGAGAGACUGUCUAUGAAAUUGUUGAGGGAGUUAAGCAAAUGACUGGAGAUGGCGGAGCCUCAUUAGAAUCUGAAACACCCUCAGACGCCUUUAGAAUUCGAGAAGCACAUGAAAUAUCCAGACCAAAUACCCAGUCCCAAUCCCAAAUACCAAAACGACCCUUUUCUGCUAAUCAAAAUUUCCACCCUCGUUCCGAACUUGCCAGAAGCAUCGAAGAAGCUUCAAGCAUUGCAACUGAUGUCGGUGAUGCAGCUGGUACAGAAGAACUUCGGGGAUUCACCUCUGAAAUCGAGCAUUCAGUGCAGAAGCUGACCCAAUUACAGUCCAAGACAGCUAAACAGACACCAGGAGCUAAAAAACCGGCAGUUGAUCGAGGCGAUGAUGAUGAUGAUGAAAACGACGGAUUGGAGGGUAUGGAAGCCAUUCUUGCGACAUGCAAACGUCUGGCUCAUGCCACAGCUAGUCUCAUGCACUGGGCCACGGCUGCACAGCGAGAACUUGUCAAACAAGGUCGUCUGAAACCUGUCAGUGAGAAUGUGGAUGAAACUGAAGCUGAGUCACAAUGGACUUGUGGUCUAGUCUCAGCUGCGAGAUACGUAUCCGCGGCUACCGUCCACCUAGUGGAGUCUGCUGAGGCUCUAGUAUUAGUUGGAAAUUCAGAGAGCGCUUCAGAGAGUGGUGGUCCGCGUUUUGCUCCUGAAGAUCUUGUCUCCGCUGCUCGCACGGUUGUAUCAAACACCGGACAACUGAUUUUUGCAUGUCUGGCUAAAGCUGAUGCCAAUUCCAAGUCCAUGAGUGGAUUGAAUGCUACUGCAGCAGCUGUGAGACGUCAUGCUGAAAGAUUGAUCGAGUUGACAGAGUUUGAAAAGAAUAAGUACAUACAGGAGGAACCCUCUGAACCUUCUGGUCCUAGAAAGGCCACUGUGGAAGCAAUGAGAGAGGUAAUUGAAACAAAAGCCAGUAUUGCUUCCAAGAUGGCCGAACUUGAGCGCCUUCAGAAUCGCUUAAAAGCGAUUAACCAAGAGACCUAUCGUCAAAAAGAUCGCGAUGAAAAUGAAUUUUGA